CAAACACAAACACCCACACUGCUGCCAAACAAAUCAAGCAAAGAAAGAAAGCAACAAGCGAACGUUGUGUGUGGGUGAUGACGAUGCAGGCGACAGCACUGGGUGGUGCUGUGCGGGUUGCAGCUGAUGGUGAUUGGAGGCAGAGUCGUGCUCGGGUUGGCGACAGGCAGCAAGAAGAAGAUCAGCAGAUGGAGCACGCACACGACCACUAUGGGCGCUACCGGCAGCGCGAGUCGCACACGCCAAAGACAAGAAGAAGGCCACGGCCCCAGCGACAACCGUGGUGGCAGGCGGCGUUGGGGAUUGUUGCAGUGAGCUGGCUGUGCGUCGCCUGCGUCUUGCCUGUUUUCGCCUCUGUUGCCCAUGCAGCAGCCACCACGGAGGGCACAACCGCGACAACGACCACCGCCAACACCACCACUACGACCAUUGACAGCGAGCUUGUUUCCGAGGAGCAGCACGCCAUCGACAGCCAAGUACUCUUGCUGCUGAUUCUGCUGCUCUUCUUGACCACACUCGUGAUUUGGAGAUUCAAAGUCAAGCGCUACCUCUUUCUCCACGAAACAGGCGUUUCCCUCAUCAUUGGGUUGAUCGCCGGCUUUCUGCUGGACCUUGCCACCAAGUCAAACCAGCCCGGUCAUUCGCAUGACGCGCUGUGCAACCGAGACGCACAGCCGUCCACGCCCAUGCAACCCAAAGUGGAGACCGUCGAAGACGAAGCGGUGUUUGACCCCGAAGUGUUCUUCUACGUUCUCCUGCCACCAAUCAUCUUCUUUGCAGGCUACGACCUCAAACAGAAACACUUUUUCCGCAACUUGGGCGUGAUUCUGCUGUUCACCUUCAUCGGCACGACCAUCGUCUGCUUUGUCACCGGGGCGUUAGUGCUGUUCUACUCCAAGUACAUCGCCACCACGCCGCUCACCACAAACGACUGCUUCCUCUUUGGCGCCAUCAUCUCCGCCACAGACCCUGUGACGGUGCUGGCGAUCUUCCACGAUCUACACGUGGACAACCGGCUGUAUGCGAUGGUGUUUGGCGAGAGUGUACUCAACGACGCCGUCGCCAUCGUCCUUUUCAGAUCCAUUGGGGAAUACAAACCCGAGCUGAACAACGAGCUCACAGUUGGAAGCUUCUUCUACUCCGUUUGGGUCUUUCUGCUGAUCUUCUUUGGAUCGCUGGCGUGCGGCAUGGUGCUGGCCAUGGCCUCGUCCAUCCUCUUCAAGUACAGCGGCAUCAAGCGCUACCCACUGCUGGAGACGGCGCUCUUUGUUAUGCUGUCGUACACGGCGUUCCUGAUGGGCGAAGGGUUUGGUCUCUCCGGCAUUGUCAGCAUCCUCUUUUGCGGCAUUGGACAGGCGCACUACACGUUCCCGUGCUUGAGCGACGAGUCCAAGCAACGCACCGUCAACGUGUUUCAGCUGCUCAACUUUCUUGCCGAGAAUUUCGUGUUUGCAUACGUCGGCCUCAACUUCUUCACCUUCAAGUGCCACAAGUGGAACGCGGGGUUCAUUGCGUGGGCCGUCUUUGCUGUUCUCGCCUCCCGUCUCCUCCACGUGUUUCCCCUCUCAUGGGUCGCCAACAAGCUGCGGCGCAAGGCGAGCCAGAAGAUCCCGUUCAACUUCCAGGCGAUGCUGUGGUGGGCCGGUCUUCGUGGCGCCGUCGCCGUCGCGCUCGCCAUGCAGAACACAAGCAGCGCUGCACACCAGACGAUUCUGUCGACAACGCUGGUGAUUGUGCUCAUCACGGUCCUCGUUUUGGGUGGCUCAUCAGAGGCCGUCCUUAGGGCUCUCAAAGUCCCCAUGCACGUGGCUGAUAGUUCGAGCUCAGACGCACAAUCGCCACCACGCCAAAGCAAGCCCAUCAAGGGCUGGCUUGCCGCGGCGUGGCAGGGCAUCGAUGGCAAGUACAUCCGCCCAGUCCUCUCCGUUGCACCAUCCAAUAUGGAAGGCACCAGGAACUGGUCUGAAGUCAAGGCCACUGUCGCAGAUUUCUUUGCCGGAAGAUCCAACCAACUGCGGGAGCUCUCCAGUUCGCCCGUUCUUGAGAUGGAGAGGGGCGAGGACUACGAUGACGAUGGUGGUGCUGGUGACGACUCAUCACUCGACGGGUACAAUCCAGAACUGCCGCCGCAAGACGGCGAUGUGGGCGCCCUGUCCGGUGACUUUACGUCAUUUGCAACGUGGCACGACAAUCUAUCGGAUGAAAAGUCCACAACAUCAACAGCCUAAGGCGUGCUUCGUUUGUUCUCCUCCUCCGUUCCAGGCCGCCGCUCGUUUCUGUGUGUGUGUGUCUGUGUGUGUCUGUGUGUAUGUGUGUUUUUGCAUGUGUAUGUGUGUGUGUGUGUUGUGAAGACACGUGCCUCUGCUAUGGCGUUGUGCUCGCACGCUCGCUCAAUUAAUUUCGGCUCCAUUAGGUUGUCUGUUGUCUGUGGUUUGUUGUCGUUCGUUCAUUUAUCUGUCUGUGUCGCGCCUGCAAAGACAUGCACGUUUACCCCUUUUGGGUUUCUGUUCCAUAGCACCAACAAUAACAAACGCCAGCACUCAC